CCCAUCUAGUGCGGGCACCUCUGGAAGCGUAGAGGGCCAGCAGCAAAGCGCAUCCAGAAGACGCCUUCGAUUUCGGAACGUCAGCGACAUUUUUCUCGACAUCUUCGCGGGAGCGAUGUGUUGCCCAUUUUUCAAGCAGGACGAAACGUCUCCGGUGCGUUGUUCCCUGAGUGUCAAGUUUCUCUAUUUUGAUGACUGUAUUGACGAGGCCUCGCAGUUGCAGCCCCGCGAGCAGGGUAGUGGCAUUGGUUGCAGCAGUAGCAGCGCGAAACUGCUGGCGCCGGACACUAUUGAGUGCAACUUUGGCGAAGAGCGUGAGGCAGAACUACGGCUCUGGAAGCGACAGCAGUUCGAAAUCUAUGAGAAGCUCGACCCCGAAUGCCGGGCAGCUCUGCUGCAGAAAGUGCCUGGCUUCCGAGACGAAAUUAAUAAGCGACUUUCUCGUCCUCCGGCGGGGGCAAAAGGUUUAACAUCACGAAGGUCUUGGAUAGAAAUGAUGGCCCUACUUGAAGCAAAUCCCCAUCAUCGUUUUGCGGUUCGUGAUGAGGAGUACAGGGGCCGCCAGCCGAAGAAGGAAUGGGGUGAAGACGGUGCCGCCGAGUGCGAUGGCAAGGAAUGGCUGGCAAACCUUGGCCACUGGGUGGUAGUGCAGCGUAGGG